ACGGGUCAGAUAAAAGACGCAACAGUAUGGCGACCUUUGUAUCGCACGUGUGACUUCCCUGGUUAUACGCCUCGCGUAGAGCCGUGGUAAAUCGGUCGCGGAUACGCCUUUGAGAGAUUAGGAUUGCUCCGCGCGACACGUUCGCGAUUAAUCCGAGGCUGACGUUUCACGGGCCGUCACUUUGACGGAGGGACCAAUCGCAGCGCCGACUGAUAUAUAACUUGUAUCAAACGCGCACCGUGUCAUCACACACACCCUGCGCCCUAACUGUAAACAAAGAUAUUAUAUUAAACUUUGCAGUCCGUAUAAUUUUCCAUUAUAUGUAGCGCCGCGGUCGUACGGGUACGGCGUGGCACCGCGUACGUUCCACGAGUGUCUGUGAUCCCGCGGGAGAACGGCCGGAAUCUUGGUACAAGGAUUAUUUAACCUCGCGAACAUGGAUGAUGAAGACCAUUAUCAGAGCGGUUAUGACGACCAUUACCAAAGCGGUUCUUUUCCGAAGGAUUUUGGAUACGCACCGUUCGAUGGUGAAACUGAGGGAUCUAUGGAUCCGCUAGCCGGCGAACAAAAGCCUAGAAUACUUCUGAUGGGUCUCAGACGUAGCGGCAAGUCGUCGAUACAGAAGGUGGUUUUCCACAAGAUGUCACCCAACGAGACGCUGUUCUUGGAGAGUACAAAUAAGAUAAUUAAGGACGAUAUAAGCAACUCGAGCUUCGUACAAUUUCAAAUAUGGGACUUCCCCGGACAAAUCGACUUCUUUGAUCCUACCUUCGACAGCGACAUGAUAUUCGGCGGUUGCGGGGCGCUGGUGUUCGUGAUAGACGCGCAGGACGAUUACAUGGAGGCGCUUAACAAGCUUCACGCGACAGUCACGAAGGCAAAUAAAGUUAAUCAGGCCAUCAAGUUCGAGGUCUUUAUCCAUAAGGUGGAUGGAUUGUCGGACGACUGUAAGAUGGAAACGCAAAGGGACAUACACACGAGAGCUAACGACGAUUUAGCGGACGCUGGGUGCGAUCAAAUACACUUGAGUUUUCACUUGACCUCAAUAUACGAUCAUAGUAUAUUUGAAGCAUUUAGCAAAGUUGUUCAGAAGUUAAUACCACAGCUGCCUACUUUAGAAAAUUUACUCAAUAUACUCAUAUCGAAUUCAGCAAUUGAGAAGGCAUUCCUAUUCGAUGUUGUCUCAAAAAUAUAUAUAGCAACUGAUAGUUCACCUGUUGAUAUGCAAAGUUAUGAACUAUGUUGUGAUAUGAUAGACGUUGUUAUUGAUGUUUCCUGCAUAUACGGAUUGAGAGAGGAUUUAGAAGCUGCUGCAUUCGACAACCAAAGUUCCAGUUUAAUUAAAUUAAAUAACGGUACAAUCUUGUAUUUGCGCGAAGUGAAUAAGUUUUUAGCAUUGGUCUGCAUCUUGCGAGAGGAUAAUUUUGAUAGGCAAGGUGUGAUCGACUAUAACUUCCUUUGUUUCCGCAAGGCGAUACAGCAAGUAUUCGAAUUACGAAACAAGGCGUUAGCCGCGACAAACGCGACGAAUCACUCAUCCUCCCCCGUUAGCACGAAUGAAACUACGAAUGCUCCCACGGUACCGCAAAGUGGAACGAUCGGACAAAACGGUACCGUUGUGAUUGCACAGAGUUAAUUUUUAAGUGCAAUCUGUAUAGAACUUCCCGGACGAAAUGUAAUAUAACAGAUCUUCAGUUCUAAUGUUAGUUAUUUGGAAAUAUUUUUUUUGCAAAUACGUUACAAACACCACACAUCUCUCUUUUUUUUCCCCUUAAUGUAUAUUAUCCUUUUUAUAAUAUAUUAUUAAAAGUGAAAUAUAUCUUUCAUCCGAGAAUGGCUUAUAUAGCUGAAUAUAAGUUAUCAUAAUCAUGUUACCAAGCAUAUAUUAUGAUUUCAUAUUUUUAAAUUGUAAUCCCACCUUACUCAAGCUAAAAACUUUUAUAAUUGGUAUUUGUUACAUAGAAUAUUGGAGUACAUAUAUGUUAUUAGUAAUUAUUUUCUUUAUGUAUCCUAAUGAAAUAUAUAGCAGUAUAUAUGUGUGUGUGUGUGUAUGUGUGUAUUUAAAUCUAUAUACAUUUUACACGUAUCAUAUAUUUCUCCUUUUAGCUUCAGAAUCUGGUUAUAUACAGUUUAUAUACAAUUUUUUAAAUCUAAAUUAUGCGAUUUUAUUGGAUCGUUAUAUAAAAAUCGUGACUCAUUAAUUGUAUCUGGAAUAAUGUUGUCUAAUAUAUUUUUAUUUAUAUAUA